AUGUCUCUUGUUUUGCGAUGUGUGCAUGUUUCAACGAGUCCAAUUAUGGUGAAAGAGUUUUUUUUGAAAUUCUUGAAGGUGGAUGAUACAACAGGAAUGAGACUUUUUGGUGAACUUCAAGAAGCAUUAGUUAGCCUUGAAUUUGAUGUUGGUAACUUAAGAGAACAAGGAUAUGACAAUGGUUCUAACAUGAAAGGAAAAAACAAAGGCAUGCAAACAAGAGUACUUGCACUUAAUCCUAGAGCAUUCUACACGCCAUGUGGUUGUCAUAAUCUCAAUAUUGUGCUUUGUGAUAUGGCCAACUCUUCCUCUAAAGCAAAAACUUUCUUUGGUGUGGUACAACGGAUAUAUGUUUUGUUUGCAUCUUCCAUUCAACGAUGGGUUGUUUUGAAAGAUAAUGUGGAAGGUUUCACGGUUAAGCAAUUGUCACAAACGUGUUGGGAAAGUCGCAUUGAAAGUGUUAAAUCACUAAGGCACCAUGCUCCACCAAUAAGAGAUGCUUUAGUUAUCUUGGCAAAUACUACCACAGAGGCGAUGGCAAAGAGUGAAGCUAAGUCCCUAGUUACUCAUGAACUUAAGAAUUUUGAGUACUUGUUUUGCAUUACUAUUUGGUAUAAUUUGUUGUUUGCUGCUAACUCCGUUAGCAAGCUCCUUCAAAGUGAAGAUAUGGAUAUAGAUGUUGCUGUAAAGCAAUUAAAAGGACUUAGUACCUAUUUUGAAAGGUACAAAGAAAUUGAUUUCAAGGAGGCAAUGGUUGAAGCUAAAGAAAUGGCAAGUGAAAUGAGAGUUGAACCUUUAUUUGUUGAAGAGCGCAUUAUUUGCAGAAUGAAACAAUUUGACGAGGAUGUUAGUAAAGAAGUGACCCAAUCAGUUGAAGAAUCCUUCAGAGUUAAUUACUUAUUGUAUAUAGUUGACAAAGGUCUUUUGUCACUCAAGAAUAGGUUUGAGCAAUUCAGAGUAUAUGAGGCAAACUUUGGCUUUUUGUUUAACUUGAAAAAGACUAACGAUGAAUCUUUGAAGUCUUGCUGUGAGAACCUUGAAAGAUUUUUAAAACAUGAUAGGGUUUCAAAUAUUAACGGAAGAGAGUUAUCUUUGGAGCUGAAAGACUUGAAAGAUGGAUUGCCAAAGGAAGUCAACAAACUAAUUGAAGUGCUCAAUCAUUUGAAGACUAUGGACAAUUGUUUUCCAAAUUCAUGA